CAGUUGAGUGUGCAGUGCCGAGGUGGAAGGAACUGGCAGGCACACGGCUCUCCCCCUCGACCCUCGUCCUGUGUUGCGCCUCCUUUGCGGACUUAGUUCCUCCCUCGAUCACUCCUUGCAGCAGUGCCAAGACCCAGUGACUCGUGUGUGAGACAGAGACAGAGAGAGAGACAGAGUGUGCCAAGAGUGCCUGUAGCCAGUGACACGUGAACCGUUUUGGAAGAGCGCCGCAUGUUCGUGGUCGUCAGGAUGUUGCCCUUCACCGUCGCCCCCUACCUGGCCUGCCUCCUCGUCCUGCUGGCGCCCACCCUCGCCCAGGAGACCGAAGUGCCCCCGCGAGUAACCCCGGACCAGUCAGAGCCAGAGCAGCCCCCCGUCCUCCUCUCCCAGCCUGCAUCAGCCCCGCCCGUCCAGACCCCCCGGCCGAUCCAGCCCGCCCCUCCGCCUGUCCCUACUUUCAUCGACACCUCAGAUUUCGAGUCCACUAGCCUGCAGGUCACCGCGUGUCCACCUGAGCAGAUUUACUUCGAGCUGGUGACCGGCUACGUGUACUCCGCGCCCGCCGACAUGCUCGACUCGCAGCCCGGCACUCUCAUGCUAACCGACUGCAUCGACAUGUGCCGCAGAAACCGCUCCUGCAUGGCUGUCAACUACGAGACGGGGCUGUGUGUGCUCUUCUCCUCCAACGCCGACAUGUACCCCGGCUCCCUCACGUCCUCCCAGUUCCCGGUGUUCACUCUUUACGUCCAGAAGAAUUGCCUCCUCAACGCCCCCGCCUGUGACCGCGCCUGGAGCUUCGAGAGGGUCAUGGGCUUCGAGCUGGCCGGCUACGCCAAGAGGAACACCCGAGUCGGCACCCGUCAGGAGUGCGAGAUCCUCUGUCUCCAGGAGCAGGACUUCCCUUGCCGGUCCGCCAACUUCAACAACUCCACAGGGGACUGCGCCACCUCCGAUAUGGACAGACACACCGCAGUGGGCACGGGCUCCUUCAGACCAUCGGAGAACAGCGACUUCCUGGAGAACAACUGCGUCGAUGACCCCGUGAGGCUGUGUGAGUUCCAAAAGAUGGAGGGACGCAUCCUGAAGACCGUUGACUCCGUGUACCAGGACGUGGUCGGCCUCGAGGAAUGCAAGCGACUCUGCCUCACCGCCUCCUUCAGGUGCCACUCCUUCGACUACGGUGACACCGGAGACAGGGUGUGCCGCCUCUCCCACCACGCCGCCGCCACACUCACUCACAUUGAAGAGCCUUACCUGGAAAUCCCCGGCUCCUCCACCUACGAGCUCUCCUCCUGCUACAACGUGACCAUCGACUGCCGCUCCGGGGAUAUGGUGGCCAGGGUCAAGACCUCCAAGAUCUUCAACGGCAAGAUCUACGCCAAGGGCUCGCCGAACACCUGCGUCAAUGACAUCGAGGACGCUCUGGAGUUUGAACUUAGGAUGUCUUACAACGACAUUGACUGCGACGUCGAGCGUGAAAGCGUCUCUCGCUACAAGAACGACGUGGUCAUCCAGCACCACGACAUGAUUGUGACCUCGGCUGACCUGGGCCUCAUCGUGCACUGCCAGUAUGACCUGACCAACAAGAGCGUGAGCAACCGCGUGGACCUGACCGUGGAGGAUGACAGAAAGCCGGUGCUGGAGCAGGGCAGCACCGUGGACUCCCCGAACGUGAUCAUGCGCGUGGCCAACAGGGACGGAAACGACAUCACCGACGCCUCCGUGGGUGACAUGCUGCAGCUGCGCUUUGAGAUCGUGGACAGGAACUCGCCUUAUGAGAUCUUCGUGCGGGACCUCGUGGCCAUGGACGGCAGCAAUACCAACAACAUCACUCUGCUGGACGGCCGCGGCUGCCCCUCCGAGAUCUCCAUCUUGAGGCCGCUCGAGAAGGUUGACUUCACUGGAAAGGUUCUCGGGGCUUCUUUCGACGCCUUCAAGUUCCCGACGAACGAUGUGGUCCAGUUCCGCGCCCUGGUGACGCCCUGUAUCCCCACCUGCGAGCCUGUGGUGUGCGACGUGCUGGACUUCGGCGGCCAGAUGAAGCAGGCGGAGAGCUACGGCAGGAAGAAGAGGGAGGCGCUUCCUUACUUCACUGACUUCGGCUCCGCAUACAACUUCGCAGAACCAACUGGGCGGUCCAUGGCACUGGUGAGUCAGCUGGGCAGCAACACCUUCGACGUUGAGGGUCACAGCUUCAUGAUCAGCCAUCCCAGCCACGAUGUGAGCCGCCAGAGGAGAGAGGCACCUGAGCAGGAGAUUCCCGAGGAGCUUCUCGUUGUUCAGUCCAUCAAGAUCUCUGACAAGUUUGGCUUCCGCUCGUCACAGAUCCAGAGCAGAGAGGGCGCCGCCAACAAUCUCGAAAAGGACUUGAACAGUGCCAGCAUCGGCGGGCCUGAGGUGGUGAUGCAGGAGGACGUGUCAGGCGUGUGCAUCAACAUGGUGGGCCUUGUGCUGGCCUGCUCCGUGUUCCUCGUGGCCCAGCUGGUCAUCAUCGUGGCGUGGACGGCAGUGUGGCACCGCCGCCGCCGCAGCAAGCUGGAGGAGCCCCUGAGCCCCGCCACCACCACCGAGUCCCUCCGUCAGCUCUACGACUCCGGCUACCCACGCAGGAUCUAGCUCGUCCCCGCUCGUGCCGCUCACGCCCUCACGGGAACCCUCCACUACGUUCUCCGCGUAUCGUUUAGGAGAACCGUUACCGAUGAGGGCACACAGGAUACUCAGACUAGGGACAACAGACCACCAUCUCCCCGACAACGACCUGUCUUUGUCCGUCAGGAAUCCCUCUACCCCAUGGAGGUCUUCUAGCACCGUACCGUCGGUAGCGGGAAAGACGGCGUUUUGUCCUAAUUUAAAUUGUUAGCCUUGAGGUAAACUAAUGAUCUAAAGUAAUUCUACGUUAAUACAUAAAGAGGACACAGACUCAGCUCGUUCCGUGAAGCCUUUCCGGCGAACCUCCGCCCCGCGCAGGCGGCCGAGCGACGAUCAUUUGACGUACAAUUACUGACCGGCGUGACCAGAAGGUCUCGCUUGAAACGACUCGAUUCACUGUGUAACAGGGCAUUUAUACCACGUGACACGCUUCAUAUGUCGAAUGACUUAUAAUUGGGCAUUUAUACUGCGAGAAGCGUAACACCUUUUCAUGAUAUUUAUAUAUUACGAAGGGCAUUAUGAGAGUACGGACAAAAGCUCUCGUUCAAAGAAAACUUAGGAUUAAGGCUUUUAUAUAAUACUGACAUACCUGACACAUUCCUAAUAACAGUGGCAUUACACAACACAUGACAACGAAUCAACCACGUGGACUGACACUAUAGUACACUGAAAUCGGUCGAGAGAUGCAAUAUUCGUAGUACCAAGAGACGCUCAUACUGUUGCGUCGAGGCCCCGUUGCGAGCAAGGCGCGCGGCGGGCGUGGUGGCGGUGCUUCUGGGAACCUAUCGGGGAGCCGGGGCGGGGCGCGAGGGGGCAAAGGGCUGUCUUGGGGGCGUGGUCGGAUCAGCACCUGUACAUACACCACGCGAAGGAGACGCACAAUUGAGGAACUUUUCAACUAUCAUAAAAAAUGCGUGUACUUUCGUAAGCACAGAAUGGAGAAUCGUCCAGGAUACCUUUUGGCAAACUUUAUGAAAUUCUUGCCACGCAGUACCCAAGAGAAGAAGCGUUUGCCCUCCUCCUCCUUCGCCUCCCCGGCUCGCCUGUGCUUCUGGUGCUGGGACAAAGGGAAACUAAAUCAGUAGAAACGGACGACUUCUUGGGGCAGGGCGCGGCGUCGCCUUGACCCCAUCGUCCGGAGACACCGAGAUCGAGUAGCGAUUGACCUUGAACACCCGGCGGCGGAAAAGAGAGAAAGAGAGACGGAAGGAUGCGAAAGAAUGGAGAAACUGUAAAUACCAGACAUAUCAAUCAGCUUCCGUAGUCACCAGGCACGCCGGCCACCGACAUAUAUGUUUCUCUAUUAGAAACUAAAGACCCUUCCCUUUGACGUCUUGUAAUGGCGACAAGGGACGGCGAGAGGCUGUCUAGCAAAACGAGAAACUGAGUCGCUGGCCGGUAAGCCCUGUGAUAGUCGAUGUAAUUGCUCAAGACUGUUUUUCCUCACCACUAGACUAAAUAUAACAUAGAAGUAUACCGCUGACAGCUUGAAUAACGCUUGUAGUACGCGCUUGCAUAGUCCCCAACCUGGCCGUCUGUGUCACACUCCCUCGUGAGAAAGCUGAAAACUGCUUCGUCUUAAAACAGAAAAGACUCACAUUGAGCCAAUAGAUUUAUGUUUCAGGAAGACGAGAAUUAAAAGGAAAAACAAGCGAAUACGUCACCGGGAUGUGUGCACGGCGGUAGCUUUCCUCUGCUUGCUUGCUUGUUACGUGAAGGUUGGCCAGCGAACCGACCCUUCCUAGGCGUGCAUGUAUCAUACGCUUCAUCAGCCCUAACACGCAUGAUCUUCCUAUAAACCCUCUGUAGUAGCAUCCAAUCGCUUGUAAGUAGACGCCGCUCGCUUAUACCCGUACUAACCAAUCCAAAGUGCAUGUAUUAAUCUCCACUUCAUGAUAUCCAUACAACUAAACCCAAAGUGAAUAAUAAUCUUGAAUGUUAAGACUACACAACAACCCAGACUAUGAAAAGAGUAAUCCUAAAUGUAACUAUGCACAGUAUUUUUUUAUAUUACAACCAAACUUAACUAUAUUACAACCAAUUUAACUUCACCAAUAGGAUGACAGCAAUUGCACCCACUCUAACACGACGAAAUCCAGCAACAACUCACCUUUGCAUGUAAAAUUACCGCCAGUGAAGCAUGUCUCGAUCAUAACAUUAUCCCACGACCAGAGAUUCCACAAAGCAACAGUUCACGUCUCUGACAAAAUAAAGAGUAACAACACAAAUAUAUUCCAUCAGACGACCAUUUAGAUUCAUAACUCACGACUUACAGGUUCACGCGACUCACCACCGACCACUCCUUAGACUCAGUAGCACCAAGUCACAAUGUCCACUCACAGGUUUACUGAACGUUCUCGCAGUACUGACCACGGUUCCCAUUAGUAGCCAUCAUCACCAGCUUACUAACAAAUCACCAUAAGCUUACUAACCCCAUUAAACCACCAUUCCCAUUAGCAGCCAUCAUCACCAGCUUACUAACAAAUCAUCAUAAGCUUACUAACUCCCAUUGAACCACCAUUCCCAUUAGCAGCCACCAUCACCAGCUUACUAACAAAUCAUCAUAAGCUUACUAACCCCAUUAAACCACCAUUCCCAUUAGUUGCCAUAAUCACCAGCUUACUAACCCAUCAUCACAAGCUUACUAACAUCAUCAUAUCUGCAUUACUUACCCCAAUUUAGCAUCACCAAUCAUCGUAAUCACUAACAUGCUUUUUACUAACCCAACCUCACGCAUUACUAACAUCAUCAUAUUACUAACAGCAUCCCCCCCACCCCCAGUUACUGACCUCACAUCGACAUUCAGUACACCAAUAAGUUACUAAUGUCAUUAUACGCUUUACUAACACACAAUUACGUAGAGGACUGAGUAGAUUUAGCGCUUCUAUGAUACCGUUGCACGCACCUCCACCGAGUCACCUGAGAUAGUUAAUGACUCGACACCUGCGCACAAUGUCACAUUCUUUACGUUCAUUGGGGAGACGAUUCCAUUUGUUUAGUGUCGGAUUGUUAACCAUACGUGCGUCUUCGUCUCCCUCUCCCUCUCUCUCUCUCUCUCUCUCUCUCUCUCUCUCUCUCUCUCUCUCUCUCUCAGUACUUGCCGGGUGUUCUUCGUAAAGAUCUUGGGUGUCCUAGUUCUUUUUUUCGUUUGAUUGAGAAUUCGUAAACGCUUUUUUAGAUAUUCUUUAUUUAGGGAAAUCUGGACGAAGAAAAGUAACCCAACCGACUAUUCUUCUCUUAAUGGCGUGUUUCUUUGCGUAGCUGCGUUGAGAAACAUUAAAUUGCAUACAUAAUCUUAAUUACCAGGAACUAUAGGAUAACUUUUUUUUAUACGUAUACGUGUGCGUGCUACAAACUACUUGCAUUGUUGAUUAAUUUAUUUGUAUUGUUGAUUAAUUUAUUCAGUUAUUUAUUGUUAAUUUAUUUGAUGAUUUAUAAUAUAUUUACCCAUAUCAUCACCCCUUCCCCCUCCCUUCUUCCUACCUUCCCCCCUCCCCUCCCCUUCCCUCCCGUCCCCUCAUCACCCCUUCCCCCAUUCCCUAAGAUAUUUAACGAUUUUAUUAUGUACUUUUUGGCAUCGUGAUAAAUUAAUACACCCAAAAAAUCGAUCAAGUCUUGUUUGUUCCCACGUUUCUUGUUUGCCUUAACCUCCGAUGAGGAUGAAAAACUGAACAAAAAAUAUAAAAUGAAAAAGUAAUUAAUGUUUUUUUUUCUUCCGUGCCUCCUCGCUGGCUUUGUUGUAACACUUAAGUUGCCAAGAAUUGUUUGUUGUUUUUUAUUGACAUCCAUUGUGUGUCUGUGUGUGUGUGUGUGUGUGUGUGUGUGUGUGUGUGUGUGUGUGUGUGUGUGUGUGUGUGUGUGUGUGUGUGUUUGCGUGUGUGUGUGUAUGUGUGUUUAGCUGCAUGUCUCUUAGUGUGUGCGUGCGUGUACGUGUGCGAAAGCUUUUAGAUGUAACGGGACCACAUACUGUAGCUCUGGCCUAUUCUGCAUGUGUACGUACGUGUGUGUGUGUGUGUGUGUGUGUGUGUGUGUGUGUGUGUGUGUUAGUGUGCUCUUUUUUUGGUGUGUGUGUGUGUUCGUGCGUCUGUGUGGCUUUUUUGUAACACGUGUGGCUGAAAAAUGUCUUGACCAGCAUUAUUAUCGGGGUUCUCCACCCUCUGCUAACUCUGUUCUCGAGGCAUUAAUAUAACUUCGUCGCCCAGCCCCGCCCCGCCUCAGAUCGCCCCGCACACCGCCACGCCCCUCCUCCCCUCUCCCUCCCUCCCCAUGCAUGACGCCCACUCCGCCUACAAGUCCGAUAUCGGUUUUUGUUGAAACUGAAAAAUUAAUAGAAAAAAUGUGGUGAGUGGUGGUUGUGCUGGAGGAGGACGCUACUGUGGUGAUGAUGGCGGUGGUGGCGGUAAUGGUGAUUGUGGUGGUGAUGGCGGCGGCGACGGAGAUUUAGGUUCUAAGUUGUUUUUUUGUUAAUUUUUGUUUGUACCAAAGUACACAAAUAUAACUUGAAAGCUUUUGAA